GCCUUCAGUUUGUAACUCUGCCAACUUUUCUUCUCCCCCCUGCCUCCAGUUUCUGAGUGUUUGCUGUCCGUCUUUUCUCCAAACUUCAGUCAGCUCAGGUUUAAUCUCAGAGGAGCUGAGGGGGAUUCUACACGUUUAUACCGAUUACCUGAGUUUGUCUUAAAGUAGGCCACCAGUUAUAAACCAGUGGAGUCAAUCAGGGGCUUUUGAGUUCCAUCCACCAUGGGGGACGUGAUUUCCAGUCACCUGGAUGAAGCCAAGCGGGAGAUUAUCACAGCUCGUACUGGGGAGGUGAUGGGGGAGUUUGGGCGUCUCUAUGAGCAGCAGUAUGCAGUGGCUCUCUUUAACAAAGUUCGCUUUGACAUAGAAGGAGGAGGCGGCCCGCAACCCCAGCUGCUGCACCGCAAGGUUCCUCUGGAGAACAAGUCCAUCUUCUCCGGCUCGCUCUUUCAGUACCUCGAGGAGAACAAGAAAUGGAGGAACCGCUUCCUCUUCGUUCCAGACUCCUACAACAUCAACUACUACGACAACAAAGCCUCCCACGACAGACACCUCAACCCCAAAGGAACCAUCAACUGUGCCGGAUACAAAGUGCUGACGGCUAUGGAUCAGUACCUCGACCUGAUCAGUAACAGCCUGCCAGGUGUUAAAGCCAAAGUGGGAAGUUCACCUUUCCUUAAGUGUGCGACACAGUUCCCUCUGAUCCUGUGGCACCCGUACGGCCGUCACUAUUACUUCUGUGUGACGACGGAGAAAGAGCAGCAGAAGUGGCACGCUGUCCUGCAGGACUGUGUCCGACACAGCAACGAUGGUUUGUCUGAAGAGGAUAAAGUCCAAACACCUGCCUUCACUGACGCAGUACGACUCCACCGCCAGGCUCAAGGGCACUACGGCACCUGGGAGAUGAUGUGUGGUGUUCCAUCACAGAUUCUGUCCAACCUGGUGAUGGAGGGUCUCCUCCCUGAGCUGAGAGAGCUCAUCUCCCCCCGCCUCAAAGGGAAACUACACGAGAGGCAGAGGAACUGGAUGCUGAUCAGCGAUGCCGUGUACAGUCUGGUGCAGACUCAGUGUCAGGCUCAGUUUGAGGCCGUGCUGCAGAAGUGCGAGGCGGCUCGCUCUUCUCUGGAAGCUUCCAUACGAACAGACAUGGACCAGAUCAUCACGUCUAAGGAGCAUGUCACCAACAAGAUCAAAGGUGUGGUUCUCCCCAAGGCGGAGAAGCUGCUGAAGGUGAGCAUCCAGCCGUACAUCAGCUCCAUCCUGGACGCGCUGAUGGAGCCGACCAGCCGAGGCUUCUCCGAGGUCCGAGACGUGUUCUUCAGAGAGCUGGUGGACAUGAGCAAGAACUCGCUCAACCAGGGCACCAAGGAGACCGUGGCACAGCACAUGGAGAAGAUCUCCAUGCUGGCCUUCCACCCGGUGAAGAUGCAGAGCUGCUAUGAGAAGGUGGAGUGUCUGAGUCUGGAGGGUCUGCAGCAGAGAUUCGACGUCUCCAGCCCGUCGGUGUUCGUCCAGAGGGCCCAGAUCCUCAUGAGAGAGCAAAUGGACGAUGCUGUGUACACGUUUGAGCAGAUCCUCCAUCAGAGUCUGGAGGCUCAGGGUUCAGAAGAGCUGUGCAAGACCAUCCAACGUUGCCAGGACAGGGUCAUCAAGAAAUUCGACUACGACAGCAGCACGGUGAGGAAGCGUUUCUUCCGCGAGGCUCUCCUUCAGAUCUUCAUCCCCUACAUGCUGAAGCAGCUCAGCCCCACCUGUUCCCCGGAGCUGCCGCGCUUCCAGGAGCUGAUCUUUGAGGACUUUUCUCGCUUCAUCCUGGUGGAGAACAUCUUUGAGGAGGUGGUGCUGCAGUCAGUCAUGAAGGACAUCAUGAUGGCUGUAAAGGAGGCAGCGGUGCAGAGGAGACACAACCUGUACAGAGACAGCAUCGUCCUCAGCAACAGCGACCCAAGCCUGCACCUUCUGGGAGAAAACCCUUCCAUCGACUGGGCAGGGGAGUACGGAGGAGCGCAGGAGGAGGUGGACGGAGCAGGGGAGGAGCCUCAGGGUGAUGCUGAGGCUGAGGGUGAGGGUGGGGCGUCUCAAAAGAGGAAGAGGAUGAAGCAGGUGGUGUCCAUGAUCCAGGAAGAGGGAUCCCCAAUACCACCCAGUGAGUUGUCUGUGGAGGUGCCUUGCGUCGAUGACAUCAUGGAGGAGGACGGAGAAGAGGAGGAGGAGGAGGAGGAGAAGGAGGGAGCUAAAGAUGGAGAAGGUGAGGAGAAUUCAGAGGAAAAAGCUUCUCUUCAGCAGAACGGACCUGCAAGUCCUGAAGCAUCAGAGAUGCCUUCAGUCUUAUCAAAGAGUUCAGAGCUUAAGGAAGUAAAAGUAGAACCUGAGGGUAAAGAAGUCCUGCAGGAGGCUGAAGCUCCUACAGAAAGCUCUUCAGCUGCUGAGGAGAAAGGUAAAGGAGAAGACAGCCAGCCAGCGAUGGAGGAGGAACCACCACGAUGCAACCAGGAAGAGUCAGAGGAGGUGCUUCCACCGCCACCUCCUUCUGAGGAAACCCCGUCUGAAGCUACAGAACCCACUCCAAAGGAGACUUCAGACUUCCCCCCGCCUCCACACGAUGAUAGCGGUUUCCAAUCUCCCUGCAGCGACGCGGGGGAGGAGCAGGAAGAGGAGGUGGCACCCAGUACAGAAGCCCCACAGCCUGCUGCUGAGCACCCUAAUGAGGAGCAGCAAGUGGGUGAGCCACAGGAGGAGGUGGCAGCACCCAGUGCAGAAGCUUCUCCGCCUGCUACAGAGCACCCUGAGGAGCAGCAGACAGGUGAGCCACAGGAGGAGGUGGCACCCAGUACAGUAGCCCCACAGCCUGCUGCCGAGCACCCUAAGGAGCGGCAGACUGGUGAGCCGGCUGCACCAGAGGCAGAAAGCAAACGCAGUGACUCUGAGCCCACCGAGCAGUGAUGAAAGGAUUUCUGCUUCUUUACAUGAACUCAAACCUGCCCUGUUUUCUGGGUUUUAUCUUCUGGGUAAGAACGAUGAUUCAACCAGUUUCCACAUCAGUUACAGACAUCGUAAAGCUUUGGCUCUGGUGCUGUCAUCAUUGUUUUAGAAUUAUUAUUAUUAUUUUUUUCCUAUCAAAUGUUCACAACUUUGCAGAAAAUCCCGAACAAAGUCUGACCUUUCAUUUCACACAAGUUCCACACUUAGUUUUCUCUUCACCUGGUAUGAAUGUGAGCACAAGAGGAGUUCCUAAUGGUGAUUCAUGAGCAUGUGACAGGUUGCAGCCUCAGUUCAGGUGGAUUUGGUUUAAAAAAAAAACAAACAUGUAAAUUCAUUCUUAAACACACAUGUAAAGUCUUCAGUCUUUUUUUAACUGCAGUUUGGCCUUUGAGUGCUGUCAGAAAUUUAGCUUUUUUUAAAAUAUUUCUUCAUGUAAAUAUAAGUUCUGUUAUCAGACACCUGCCUACUUGAUUAUUAUUGGACCUAAUUGACAAACAGAAGAUACUUUACAUUAUGCAUUAUAAUUGUCUUGAUGUGAUGUCUGACGACGUGACAAUUUCUUUUGUGCCGUUGGGAGGAACACGAUUGUAUCCCGUAACAAAGAAAGCUUGUGUAUAUUUUGUAUAAAUGUGUCUUUGGACCCGCCAACAUCAAACUGUCAUUUUACAUAAUUUUAUAUGUUUUCCUUCAUGUCUCUGCUGAUUUCUACACGCCCUGUUUUAUUUAUUUUUUCUGCACCCUGUCUCUUUUUUUGAACAAUGUCCUUUUAGAUUUAUUUUACCUGUGUGUGUGUGUGUAUGAUAAUAAAUCACUAUUGAUUAAUUAUUA